CGCGAAAUAUGCCUUAAAUAGUAGCUAUUUACAGUGCCUCUAUCGUGGCCGCACGAUAGCGAAUUGACGGUUAUUAUGUUGCUUUUUCUACCCAGAUUUGGUUUGCAAUAUAACUUUACCAAAUUUCCGGGUUAAAACAAACCAAUGUCACGCCUAAGCCGCGGAUGUUUGAGAUGUCGCCAACGACGAGUCAAAUGCGAUGAGGGAAAGCCUUCAUGUCAGCGUUGCAUCAACCGCAAUGAGAUCUGCGAAGGCUAUCGCGAUGAGGCCAGCAUUGUAUUUCGCUACGAAACAAAAAAGGUAAUUGAGCAGGCCAACAUAACCUCAGCAGCCUCAUCAUCCACUGCUUUCGAAAGAAACUCUAGACGAAGGAGCCAUUCUACUGGCAAUAAACCAGGCUCGAGUGGAUCGUCAACCACAUUUGUCGACCCCUCUGACCUUACGGAAGAAGAAAUUGCUACUUUUAGGUUAUCGAAUUGUCUCCCAUGGAUCAAAACCAUCCCGGUCCAUUUACGACCUAGUCCUGAAGAUGAGGCUGUCAAUCGCUUCAUCGAGAAAUAUGUCAUAUAUCCAUGUACUGAGACAUCCUCGCCCGGCUUUCUCGAGCAUCUUCCAUCGCUGUUCAAAGAUGUGAACGUAGAAGGCCGGUUCGCAUUACGCUGGGCUGUCCGAGCUGCAGCUUACGCCGAUCUGGCUAAGGACCAGAAAAGCACUGCACUAACCAACAAGGCUUUCCAUUGCUAUGGGAUGUCACUUUCAGCACUAGGGGAAUCCCUAUCAUCGCAAGGGAAAGUUCCCGAUGAUCAUGACCUGAUGACUGCAGUUAUGUUAGAUAUUUUCGAGACUUUCUUCGUCGAAGAACCUGCGAUGAGAGGAGCUCAUGCUCAGGGCAUGGCGCAGAUCCUCAGAUUGAGAGGUUCUGACCAAAUUUACAGCCCCCGUGGAUGGAGUUUAUUCAGGCUUGCACACCACAGAAUUCAAAAACAACAGUUGGCUUUCAAUCUGAAACCUCUCGACGAUUCAAAAUUUUGGUUUGAUCAGUUAGAUGAAAAUGAGCCUUCCGUCCGUUUGGAGAAAGAUGCCUUUCGGAUUAGCCAGACAUGUGAACGAGGAAGGAAGUUGCAAGAGGCCCUAAAUAAUGGCAAUUCAUCGGUAUCCGAAGUCCUUGACAUGGUGCACGAGCUGGUGAACCUAGAUCAAGAAGUGGCUAGCUGGCGGCAAAAACCUGAAUGGUCCUUCAAGACAUUGAAUGUAUCCGAUUUACCUGUGUUCGAUCCCUCGGUGCAGCCUCCGACCAACGCCAUUCAACUUCAUGCAGAUCUUUGGAUGGCAUAUGAGUGGAAUUACCACCGUACAGCACGUAUCAUCGGCCACCAGCAAUUGGUAAACUGUCUGGAGACUGCGAUAAAAACCUCGGACCUACAUAACUCGAUAGAAGAGAGUCUACACAUCAUAAUCGAUCAGUCCACUAGAACAAUGCAAUUACUCGCCGAUGAAGUCCUAUCAACCGUGCCCCAAACCUUCGGCGACAUUAACAGCUUAGGCCAUGUACACGACCACGCUACCGGCCCCCCACGAUGCCGGAGUAUAGGAGGCUAUCUACUCCUCUGGCCCAUCAAGAUCAUCAAAGGAGCACAAUUCGCAACAACACCCGAGCAAAAACGAAAUGCGCAAAUAGCCUUCGAACGGAUCCGCGAGUACACCGGGAUGAAAUCGCAUCUCGGAUCUCUAAGCGUUAUAUAAACCACACCAACA